CGCGGAACCGAAGACGCGGAACAUUCCUGCGUAGGCGCGGUGGACUUUCCCGAGCAGCAGGUUGGUUGGUCGUGUGAGCAGUGGAGGGAGGAAGAGGAAGAGAGCAAGAGGGAGGAAGGACGUGUUUGUCUCAUGACGUUGCUGGGCUGCUUCAGCCGCACUUUGCCGCCGGACGGAGGUGCGCUGGCCCGGGCAGCUGCUGGGAGGGAAUGGACCGCGGAAAAGAGCCCCUGGAAGCUGGAGUGUGAAGCAGUGAUUUAAGGUUUUGGGGCCAUGGCGGGUUCCUGGGACCUCUGCCGGGCCAUGUGCAUGUCCUGUCUCUCCGAGGAGGAGCAAAAGAACAUUGCCGUGAACAGAGAGAUCAAUCGGCUCCUCGGGAUGCAGAAGAAGAGGGAGCGGCGGGAGAUCAAGAUACUGCUGUUGGGAACUGGGGAGAGCGGAAAAACCACAUUCAUCCGCCAGAUGAGGAUCAUCCACGGACGAGGCUUCUCGGAGGAGGACAGGAAAGGCUUUGCCAAAUGCAUCUUCCAGAACAUCUUUACAGCCAUGAAGGCCAUGACCGGAGCCAUGAGCACGCUCCGGAUUCCCUACUCCAACCCGGAGAACGAGAUCUACGCUACCUGGCUCCAGGAUGUCAACACGGUGCAGAUCACACAGAUGGAGCGAGGCUACGUGGACGCCAUACGCCGUCUCUGGGCCGACUCGGGUAUACGGGUCUGCUACAGCCGGCGCUGCGAGUUCCAACUCUUGGACUCCACGGAGUACUACAUGAACGAUCUGGAGCGCAUCGCCGCGCCAGACUACCUCCCCACAGAACAGGAUGUGCUGAGGGUCCGAUUCCCCACCACGGGCAUCCACGACUACUCCUUCACCAUCAACAGGAUCACACUCAGGAUUGUUGACGUUGGCGGCCAGAAGUCAGAGCGUCGAAAAUGGAUCCACUGUUUUGAGAAUGUCACCUCGCUCAUCUUUCUGGCCUCCCUCAGCGAGUACGACCAAGUCCUGGAAGAGCGACAAGUCAUUAACCGCAUGGAAGAGAGCUUGGCGUUGUUCUACACCACCAUCCACUCGCCAUGGUUCCACAGCACCUCAAUCAUACUCUUCCUCAACAAGACCGACAUCCUGGAAGACAAAAUCCAAACGUCUGACCUGAAGAAGUACUUCCCAGGUUUCACAGGUAGGAGUCAAAACGCGGAGGAUGCCAAAAAGUACAUCUGCAAGAUGUACGAGCUGCAGGCCAACAACGUGGACAAGAGGGAGGAGAAGAAGAUGGUCUACCAGCACUUCACCUGCGCCACCGACACCAACAACAUCCGCAAGGUGUUCAACGACAUUAGGGACACGGUGCUGUUCAAGUCCCUCCGCGAGUACGGCGUCCUAUAAGCAGCCAGAGGAUGGACCAUUUGAGGGUUCUAUUGAAACAUGAAGGAUCAGAAGGCAGUCCUCAUCCUCUGCUGCCAUGAAGAUGAUGAUGAUGGGACUUCACCGAGCCUGAUGGAUUUUUUCAAAUUCUUCUUCUGCAGAAACAGACCAAAUCAGGCAGAUAUGCAACGUUAACAGGAUCCACCCGUUACAUCAGUAAUGGCUGCGCUCAAUAUAAUAUACCACCUUCACAACUUCACGUCUAUUUUCCCUCACAAGCUCCUUUCAUUCACAUAAUUCUACAGUCAGUCCUAUUGAAAUAUCCCGACAUGACUACUAGCAGGAAGAGCAGAGCAUGGAGGGGGAGGAGCCCCCUGCUGUGGCCCAGCAAGGUGCACUGUAUUGGGGCACACGCUCAGAGCAGCCGGCGUGACGCCACAGAGAACUCUGGCAAACCUUUUACACUUUUCAAAUAUGUUUCAGGUCCGUGCUCCAGCUCCGUGUUUGUCCCCGUGUUUUGCCUGUCCUACAAUGUUCUAGAAUAUAUAGAAUGUUCUAAUUUGCAUAUCGUUCGCAUAUGAUGUCGUGAAAUGUUGCAGGAAAAAAACAAUCUUAUAGUAGAGGUGAAAAAACACCUUAACUACGUUUAGAACUACAAAUAAACUUUUUUUCUUA